CUCCACCCUCUCACCCAAUUAAUUACCCAAAACGCACCACCAAUUUUUUUAUAUGUAGUAACCGCCAUCCUCACAACCCGACCACCACCUUCCACCGCCGCCCGCCCCAUAACACUCACACACUCAAAUCACCCUCCAAUUUAUCAUGAAGAACGAAAAGACCUGGCCACACCGAUCCGAAACCCCACAUUUUUCCACCCUCCAAUUCCCAAUUAAAAACCCGACCCGAAUCCAUAUGCACACCCACAACCCGACCCGAAUCCACGACUUCCGAUCCUCAUCACGCCGUAAUCAAUCCGACCACAACACCCGUGAUUUCACAGCGUUACCGAACGACAUACUAAUAAAAAUCGCCGCAAAUUUCACACUACCAGACCUCAAAACGACGUCGUUGGUGUGCCAGUCAUGGCGAGACGGGCUACGGCCGUUGCGAGAAGCCAUGGUGUUUUUGAGGUGGGGGAAACGGUUUAAGCAUGGGCGUGGCGGAGUCAAAGUGAAUAUGGAGAAGGCUUUGGAUUCUUUCUUGAAAGGGGCGGCGCGUGGGAGUACACUCGCCAUGGUGGAUGCUGGGUUGGUGUAUUGGGAAAUGGGAAAGAAAGAGAAAGGUGUUGAGUUAUAUAGAAAAGCUGCUGAAUUGGGAAAUCCUGCUGCCCAAUGCAAUUUGGGGAUUUCUUUACUUCAAGCUGAUCCGCCUAACGUGAAGGAAGCUGUUAAAUGGUUACAUCAAGCUGCUGUUGCUGGCAAUAUCCGGGGGCAGUACCAGCUCGCCCUAUGUUUGUAUCGGGAUAGUGAAACGAACCAGAAUCUGUCUGAGGCGGCGAGGUGGUAUUUAAGAGCUGCAGAGGGUGGAUGUGUACGUGCAAUGUAUUAUGUAUCAUUGUGCUACUCUUUAGGGAGGGGAUUCUCGCAAAACCAUAAACAAUCAAGGAAAUGGAUGAAGCUUGCUGCUGAUCAUGGACAUAGAAAAGCUCAGUUUGAGCAUGGACUCACUUUAUUUUUGGAAGAACAGAUGCUGAAGGCUGUGGUAUACUUGGAACUGGCGGAGCGUGGUGGUGAGACGGCAGCAUCUCAUGUGAAGCGUGCUAUACUUCAUCAACUCCCACAAUCUUCCAGAGAGCGUGCCCUCACUCUUGCUGACAAUUGGCGUGCUCAUACUUCAUCCUAUUGAAAGCUAUGCACCCAGAACCUCUUUACAUGCAGAAUCCAUACUCUUUUUUUUUUUUUUUUUUCUUUUUUUCUUUUUGUUCUUCCUUAAUAAAAAAAACACUCUUGUGUUUUGUUGCUAUAUUUAUAUCAAAAUGAAAAAAGAUGAAAAUUCAGUGAUCCACUUGAAAGUGUUGUAAGAUAUAUAGAUUGUAGAUUUCAUUUAGGAAAAAGAUUUACAUUGUAGA